CUCUUGGAGGUGGACGAGGCAUUCAUGCCCAGAGAUCAUUCAGACGACGAAAUUAUCACCCCAGACAUUGAAGAAUCACCAUCACUGCCUUCCAGUCUAAAUUGGAAACGGAAGAUACAAGAGGAUACUAGGAUGCAUGGGGCAUCCUGGUAUGAACCAGAGAAAGAUCGAAUAAUCAUCACAGAGCUCACUGACUCUGAUUCAGAACCCGAAGAUCAAAGUAAUGCCGUUCAGAUCAUGUCGUCUGAGGCUACUCCGUAUUGGGAUGAGGAAGAGAAAUGCUUUAAACCAUUCAAAGUCUCUCCUGCAUAUUUAUCACGGUUCGGGAAAAUUCCUCAGACUGAAAAUCUGCCCAUUAACGAGCCGAAUUGCAUGGCCUUGGUCGCAUAUAGACCGCCUCCAUUACCAUUGCCCAUUCUCGGACAGGUCGACGAAGUGGAAGAAAUGUCAAGCUCUGAUGAUCAAACACAAGACGGCAUGGUAGUGGACGCCAUGGAGCUCGAUGAGUAG